AUGGAAAGUCUUACUAAAACUAUCGAAGAAGAGAACUCUCAGAGAAUCAGUCUAGAGAGAUCGAUCCUGAAAGAAAUCAAGGAGAAAGAUGUUACUUGAUGCCAGAGCAUUUAUUAUAAUAUUUUCCAAAGAGAAAUAGAAACUGAACCGUUGGUUUCAGAUCCUGAAAGUUAUAGAAAAUAGUGGCCUCGAAAUUGAUUUGAAGGAUCUUAGAUAUGCGAAUCUUGUACGAAGUUUAAAAUAUCUCAAGUUCUUUGAUGUAAAUAAAUUUAUUCUCUAUCGUGCUGAUUCUAAAAAUAAGCAUUUUGAAGAUUUCUUAGAAUCCUCAUUCCCAAAUACAACUAAUCAGCUCUAUUUUUUGUCAGAGAACUGGAUGGACCUGAAUAAGCCAAAUUACUUAAACUCCCUGACUAGACUCAGUUCUAAAGUUAUCCAAACUGUUACAUUUGAAUCUUUCUAUAUUGGCCUGUCCCAACUGAAGAGGCUGGUGGUAACGUACAAGAAUGUGAGAGUGUUAGCAUUGGUGCAUUGUAGAUUAUCAAUUCCAAGUGUUCCUGAUUUCUCAAAGGCUCUUACAAAUUGCAAAAUCCAAGAACUAGAUUUACAUGAAUCAGGAAACUCUUAUUGAAGCGAGUGGGAGAAAAACUUCGGCCAGGUUAAAAGCUUGACACAAGGAUUAUCAGGUUCUCCAGAUUUAAGAUUGAGUCUCAAAAAGGUAGAUUUCACAGAUUGCGGAGUAAACCAAAAUGAAGUUGAGAAAAUUUUUGAAGAAAAUCAACUUGGAGAAGUAGAAAUAAUAAUGGAUGAAAUUUAAAUAUUUGCUAAGUUUCAAGAGUGAA